UGUUUUCAAUCCAGCAUUUGUUACUUUUACAAUCAAUUAGCAGACAUGUAAUAGGAGUAACUUGAGGUAUGUUAAUUUAAGUGAUAUUUGGAAAACAUGUUUAAUUUUUCAACACACUCAAUUUUCUUGUUACUUCUAAUAUGUUUAAAGUAUAGAAAAGUUGUUUGUAAAGUAAUAGAAGACAGUGAAAAAUUCACUUAUGUAAGAAACACUUCUGUUUUUAUCGACAAAACAUUUUUCCUCAAGAAAGUUCUUCAGUAUAACCGUAUUCUUAUUACAGCACCUCGAAAGUUCGGUAAAACAACAAAUCUGCAGAUGGUCAAACUGUUUUUGGCCAACCACAACGAGAAAGAAUACGCUGAAAGAUUUUUUGAAAACACCAAUAUUUGGAGGGACAAACAGUUCUUGGAGAAACACUUCUGCAAACAUCCUGUAAUAUAUUUUAGUCUUAAACCUGAAGUGUAUUCUGAAUCUAUAACAGACAUUGCACGAGAAUUGAGAAGGAAUAUUAAAAAAGCUUAUGAUGAACACAGCUAUCUCAGUAAGUCAUCGAAAUUAAACAAAGCGGCUAUACAAUGGUAUACAGCCUAUGUUAAUUUGGAAGUGAUAGAUUUCUCAAGAGGAUUACAAUUUUUAUCUGAAAUUCUUUACAUGCAUCAUGGGAAAAAGGCCGUGAUUCUGAUUGACGACUACGACCAUUUAAUUACUCGGAGUGUAUUCUCGAAAUUAGAUUUGAAUAAGAUCUCCCGUGCAGUGUUCCACAUCAUAAAUGAAACAAUCAACGACAAUGUGUGUCUAGAAAGAGCUAUUUUCAUGGGUACAGUUCCACUUAAGUCAAGAAUGAACUUGCUUCAAUCCUUCAAAUUCAUGGAAUCUAAAGAUUUCAGUUCUUAUUUUGGAUUUACCGAAUCAGAAACAGAAUACCUCUUGGAUAAGUUCCGUCUCGGAAGAUACAAGAGUGAAGUGUCAAAGUGGUACGGAGGUUAUAACUAUAUCAAAGGAACAUUUCAAAUAUAUAACCCUUGGUCGGUUCUUAUGUUUUUGAAGACAAGGACAUUCGACACCCAUUGGAUUUCUUCAAAUGUGGAACAAAUUUUGCUUAAGUAUGUUAAGCCUCAUUUUAAACUACAUAGUCACUGCAGAGUGCUUGCGAGAAAUAAGAGCAUCACGUACGAUGUGAUUCCAAGCUUCACGUUUAAGGAGAUCACAAAGUUAAAGCAGCUUCAGUCUUCCUACAGUAGAGUAAAAGAAGACUAUGAUUUGUUUAUCCAGUUUUUCCUAGAAAGUGGUUAUUUAACAUACGCUAAAUCAUACAGAGUAGUACCAGGGUCGGUGACUGUAACUUUACCGAACCAGGAAAUCUUCAGAGUUUUUGACAAUAUUGUUAAACAGCUUCCAGUUCCAGACUUUUCCAAAAGACCUACGUUCAGAAGCAGUUAUAAAUGAAAGGACACUUUCAGUGGAAAAUUCAGGCCUUACAAAAGGUGGUGAUCAAAGAUCUAAAAUUAUUGAUUGAGUUUUCUAGGUUUAUAUCAAUAAUUUGUAUUCAUGUGUAAUUAAAUUUAUUUUUAAUAUGUAUGCAUUGAAGAACUAGCCAAGGCGGAAUCAUCAAUUUUGAUGCAAGCAGGAUCGGUAUGUAUCCCAGAGUACCUAGUAGGAUGGAUUAAAAUAAAAUGCCUAUUCCCCUUAUAAA